AAACAUAAAAAUAAGACAUUUUUUAAGAAAAUGUUAUUAUUUAAAACAAAAGUACAAAGAGUGUGGGCUUUGUGGGGAGGUCCAUACCCCAACAAGAGGACCAAGAAAUCGAAAAAACUCAAAUUCUAAAAGGCCGAACUCUUACAACGAGAGAGAUUCAAUAUUGACCUUUGUACCUGAAGGGAGCUUUGAGUUACCAAUAGAGGCAAUUUAAGCAAAAUAAUGCUUAGUCAUAAUUGAAGAAGCCAUUAUCGGAGCUCUAGAAUGCCACGCCCAGAGUGUUGUCACAAGUGAUCCGAUCCUAUGUUGUACCACAAUAUUAAAAAAUGUCAUGGGCUAUAGGUUCCCUUAUUAAGUUCAGCACCUCUAGAAACACAUUUAUGUUUAGAAGUCUCGCUAAGAGGUGUUCCCUCAAACACAAAGUUGGUGAUAUUUUGGUAGCUCUUUCUACUUGUGUUCUUCUUCUCCUUACCCCCCAUAAUCAGACAGUGCAUAAAAGGCAAGGGAAACAAAGCAGUAGUGCAAAACAAAGGCACAAGUUCCACAAGAAUGAAAAACAACAAACAAUAAAGUAUGAACUAAGGCUUCAGAUGAUUCAAUACUAGUUAAAUGAAUUGAAAAUCCAACCAAGAUGACGAAACACCACUAAAACCGGUCAAAAUGCACCAACAAAUUGGAAGGAAACAAGCAAAAACCUGGAUAUGAGCACUCUCAGUAUAAAAGAUACCUUCUCUUUAUUAUUUUUAGGUUUUUGUAUGAAACAGGUGCAAAAUAGAAAAAACCAAUGGAUAUCGUUUUUAUUGUUUGGUUGUGCUGGAAAAUACAGAGGAAAAUAAUUGAAAUUUAAAUUAAAAUGUAAUACUCCGUAUUUUUUACAUGUACCUAUAUUUUUUUGUCAAAAAAAAAAAAAAAAAGAUUUGCCCAAAUCAUAAAAUUCGUUGAUUGAAUUGACAAACCAACACUAGAAUCUUAAGAAGACACCAAUCAAGCUUAAUUUUAGAAAAAAUGGCGGUGAAUUCAGACCUGCAGAUUCAACGAAGAAUAGUACCUGCGAGGGGGUUAUUGACCUUCGAUUCUACCAAAUCCAGCCACGAAUCAACAAAAUCGAGCUUAGAAUCUUGUUCUCCCGUUGAAUACGAAACUACAUCACCAAAAAUCAUAGAAAACGAACAAGGAAAUCGAUGGUAAUGACGAUCCAAGGAGUUGCGAUGAACAAUACUCGAUGCGUAGUUUUUCCGCUAGGUUUGAUGUGAGGGAAGAAAGAUAGUAAAUAACGCUGGCAAAUCUGGUUGCAUCUUCUCCAGAUCUAGAUUUGCAGUCACAAAUUUUUUUAAUUUUUUCAAGAUCUGAGAUGGGAUGUUGAUUUUCAAGAUCUGAGGUGGAAAUAGAUCUAGGGCUGCGACGGCGAGAGGAUGUCAGGGGCUACGAUGGCGGGGCCUUCGACGGCGUCACGGCGAGAGGAUGCCAGGGGCUGCGACGGCGGGGCCUUUGACGGCGUCACGGCGAGAGGAUGCCGGGGGCUGCGAUGGCGGGGCUUUCGACGGCGGGGUUGCUGAAGCAUCAUAGGUGGUGGUACUGAAGCGGCGGCGGCGGCGGUGCAGAAGGCCCAGUGUCGGCCGUGGUAGAUGGUGUGUUCCCAGUGGGGGUGUACAGGGUAGAAAGGACAAGGGGUAUAAUGGGAAAGUCAACACAAUUUUCAUCACACAUAAAAUUGCGUGCCCGGUCAAACCGGGAAGUUCUUUUUUGGACGGAGGGAGUAUUUGACAAAAUAAUAAAGUCAUACCACUUCUAGUAUUGUAUAUCUUUUCAUGCAUGUAGUUUUUAAAUAUGUCAUUUUUAUUUUUUUAAUUUCAUACCACUUAUUGUAUAGAAUGAUUUGAAAAUAAUCUCAGUCAAACAUC